AUGACGCUGGCAUCAGCUGUUGAAGAGGCAGUGGCCAUCGUAGGUAUGGCAUGUGAAUUUGCUGGUGACAUUCAUUCACCGACAGACUUCUGGCGUGUACUCGAGCAGAGUGAAGAUGUUGGCACAGCGAUUCCACCUGAACGGACUGAUCUCACUUCGUUCUGUGCUCACAUGCUUAACCAAGACAAGAACGACCAGUUUCACAAGCAACUGAUUCGUGCUGGCUAUUUUCUAUCGGAAUCACACUGGGAUACUUUCGAACCGGGCUUCUUUGGGCUCUCCAACAGCGAAGCGAUCGCGAUCGAUCCGGCUCAUCGUCUGCUUAUGCUCAAGUUUGUUCACCUAGUCGACGAUGCUGGAUACACGAUGGAAAUGAUGAACGGCUCACGCACCUCAGUGCAUAUUGGACAAUUUUCCACAGAUCAUGCAUACACCACAUAUCGCAUGCAACCCGAAUGUCGAACACGGCUGCACGGAAUCAAUUCCAUGCUGUACAACGCCGCUGCCCGACUCUCCUAUCACUUCAACUUGCAUGGUCCAAAUGUGUCACUUGACGUCGCUUGUUCAUCGUCGUUAGAGGCUGUUCAUCUGGCCGUCCAAGCCCUUCGCACGGGCGAAUCAGACAUGGCAGUGUGCGGUGGAGUCAACGCUGUCUAUGCUCCGGAGAAUCUUCUCAACGGCUCGCUCAUCGGUGCUGUGUCGCCCGAUGGCCGUAGUCGGUCAUUCAGUGUGGAUGCGAAUGGGUAUGCCAAAGGCGAAGGUCUCGGUCUUGUCUUACUCAAGCGAUUGAGUGAUGCUGAACGAGACGGGGAUCGAAUCUAUUGUGUUCUACAUGAUGUUCUCAGCCAUCAUGAUGGGAACGAGGACAAGAACAAUUUUGUUGUUCCGUCGAGUGUUGGUCAAAAGCGUCUCCUCGCUGCUAUUUAUGGCCGGGCCAAAAUCGAUCCGCAACGCAUAUACUAUGUUGAAGCACAUGGUACUGGAACACCGGUAGGCGAUCCAAUCGAAGCAAAUGCCAUUGGCCAGUUUUUCCAUCGCUCGUCAUUGGACCCACCAUUGUUGAUCGGAUCUGUCAAAAGCAAUAUUGGUCAUACAGAAGGCGCAUCUGGCAUAGCCUCACUCAUCAAGAUUGCUAUGUGUAUGCGACAUCGAAUGCUUCCGCCGAACAUGCACUUUACGAGCCUCAAUCCGAAAAUCGACGCUCAGCGCUACAAUUUGCAUGUCGUUCAACACUUUGUACCAUUUCCGCCAGCUACGGAUGGCACAGUUCUGAUUGGUAUCAAUUCCUUUGGAAUGGGCGGAAAUACAACGCAUGCCAUCGUCGAAGAAUAUCGACCGGCACACGGAAAGAUGAUGGUCGAUGAAUUCACUACCGGUCCUGUCGUCGACGAAAACAGUGCAACUAAACAGCACUUUGUUUUUCUCUUUUCAACAAAAUGUCAAGAGUCACUUUUCAAACAAGUCGACCAAUUCCGGCUAUGGUUACAAGGUGUCUCGAGCCAGAUUCAUGGCAACCAGGACAGCUUUCUCAUGCAUAUCUCUGAGCAGCUACUUCUGAAACGUACUAUCAGUUACAAUCACUUGGCUGUUUUUGUAUGCGCUGACCGUACACAACUAGAACAGCAAAUCGACGCUUUUCUUGCUCGACAGAAAGUGCCCGGCCUUUUUCUCACAACACGUCCAACUUCACCACCGAGAAAACUUUGUUUUGUUUACAGUGGUCAGGGUCCGCAAUGGUGGGCCAUGGGUCGGCAGUUGUACAAGAAUGAACCAAUCUUUGCUCAGUGGAUACGACGAAUCCAUAGUGAACUGGCUAAAAUCAAUCAGGAUGGCUGGAGCUUAUUGGAAGAACUGAUCGAGAAAAGCAGCGAACACGAGUCUCGUAUCAAUGACACGAAUAUCGCUCAACCUGCACUAUUUGCUAUUCAAGUGAGCCUCACUGCUCUCCUCGCAUCGUGGCACAUAUUUCCCGAUACUAUUGUGUCACACAGUGCAGGAGAGCAGGCAGCUGCUUUCGUUUCUGGCCGUGUUACCUUACAAGAAGCCAUUCGUGUUGUUUAUCAUCGAUCACGUCUCCAGAACCGCAAUACUCGCCAAGGUGGUCGCAUGCUAGCCGUAUCCAUGAGUGAGCAAACAGCAAGAAGCGAACUUCUCAAGGGCAUCGAACAUCAAGUAUGUGUUGCGGUCGUCAACAGUUCUCGAUCUGUCACGUUGAGUGGAGACGAAACAAUCAUCAGUCAAGUGCAAGAAAUUCUCUCGACGUUGCAUCCCAAUGUGUUCAAAGCCCUACUUCGAAUCGAAAAUGCGUUUCAUUCGCAUCAGAUGGAUCGAUUUAAUAUCGAAGAAGAAAUGCUGUCUUUACUCGGUGACAUUCGCGGCCUUCCCUUGCGAGAUGCGCAACAAAUGUUUGACGUGAGAUGCAGUCGAGCUCGACUGUAUUCAAGUGUCUCUGGUGACUACGUGAGUGAUUGCACAGCACUCGAUGCUCAUCACUGGUGGUCCAACGUGCGGCAAUGUGUUCGAUUUGCCGAUGCUAUUGGCGCUGUCAUUCGCGACAACGCUGCAGACGCCUUUCUCGAACUUUCACCUCAUCCCGUAUUGACGACAUCGAUUCACGAGUGCUGUGAGCUCGUGGGUUUGCAGCCACUCGUUCUUCCUACACUCAAGCGAAAAGAAGACGAGCAGACGACACUUCUGACGAGUAUCGUUCAGCUUACCACAUCACGUAUGGUCUGGCAGCACUACUUCAAAUCUCGUCAUGUACGCUCCAGUGACGUCGAUCAUGCACUCUUCGAAUCCUUUCCAUUCUAUGCUUUUCAUACGAGUCCCUGCUGGUAUGAAUCUCGAGAGUCUGUUAUCGAUCGUCUUUCGUAUCGUCUGCCGAUCCAUCCACUUCUGGGUGUUCGUCAAUGGACUCAACAUACAAGUGCAACAUGGAAGAGUCUGAUCAACAUCAAUCGUCGUGAAUAUGCCUUUUUGAAAGAUCACAAAAUUCGAGAUGUUAUUCUAUUUCCGGCUUCUGCUUUUCUUGAACUUGCACUGGCCGGUUGUCGUCAGCUGUUGACAUCGGAUAAUACUACACAAGCGACGAUCGUGUUCGAACGAGUCGAGUUUGUCAAUGCACUCGUCCUGAUCGAGCAUCAACUGACAGAAGUCUUCACUCAAAUCGUGAUGCCAAUGCGUGAAUGGUUCAUUUAUAGUCGACCCUGGACGUCAGCCGGUCAAAGCUGUGUGCGUACAUGCGGUAUGUCGGGCGUCGAUGUACUCAAUUCGUUUACCGAUCCACAUACACUCAAUCAAUACUCGCUGAGCGAGUUUACACUGCACGCCCAUGGUUGGAUCAAUGUCGACAAGAGUAGCAUCCAACAACAGGCGCCUCUUCUUAUCGAUGCUGUCGUUGCUCGAGAUUCAUAUGCAGAACUUGAUCCGGCCAAUAUCUACGCUCAUCUCUCCUUACGAGGCUACCAGUAUGGACCUUCGUUUCGACUGGUACAAUCACUGCGUGCUACAAGAUCCAUCGUGGAAGCUCAGCUUGAUAGCAGCAUCUUCACUCAAGAAAAUCUCCCGAGUUAUCACCUCAUUCAUCCAGCUGUCAUCGAUGCUUGCUUGCAUCCGAUUCUUGCCAUCAUACCUGGAACGUCGACGACUCUACUUCCUGUCGCUAUUGAAAAGGUGACUAUAGCGGGAGAAACUAUAACAGUUUCUUCAACAGUACAGUUGCGGGGUGCCUGUCAUGCUAGGAUUGGUGGGUUGGGCAAAGAACAAACGUAUGAGUGUGACUGCACGAUCACAUCAGGUGAUACAGCGAGCCACCGGCCUCUAGUCACUUUCGAGCGUUUUACAAUUCAGCAAAUCGAAGGUGCACACUCGGCUUGGUCGACAUCGGACAAGUCAGUAUUCGACAAAUUGAACAUAAUAGCAAGUUUACCUAAUCGAGACUUCACGACGCAUCUAAAUACGAUCAUGGCCGAGCAUUGUCUUCAAAAGAAAUGGAGUGAACAAUUGAUCGUGAGGAGCAUGGCCGAUAUUCUUCCAUCACCUAACGAAUUCACAAUGAAAAGCAUGCAUUCGACGGAUGAUGAAGAUCUGACAGAAUCAAUUCAGGCAUUCAAUGAAUUGGCUGCGUGUUAUGCUCGAAUGGCGCUGCAAGAAUUGCCACUCGAUUCCAUCUCCGCACAGAAACAACCGCUGCUGGCUGCCUGCCUCUCUCUCACUCUUCACUCGAAAGUCGACACUACAUUUCAUUCGACUCAACUCUACUUGACACAGUUGCUCAAACGAUUUCCACGUCUCAAACCGAUGUUGACCGUUCUGGCUGGCUGUGGCCUGUGUCUCAGACAAGUUCUCACUGGUGAACAAGAUGGACUAGAAGUUUUGUUGAAAGACGAACAGAUCAGACGAUCAUUACAAGAAAUCCAAUCACUUAUCUCUGCUAGUCAGUUAAGUGCCAUUUUCCAAGUUCUUGACGAACAUCUUCGACGCACGAGCGCUAAUUUGUUGGCUGGGUACAAACUGCGCAUAUUCUGGCUGGGUGGUAAUAGUGCUGUCGAUGUCUUACCUAUUCUUCGCCUUUUACUCGAUUUAUCCCAAGAAACAGGUCUAUCUAUCGAUUUACAUUAUGUUGACCUGGAUUCUGUUCGGCUAAAAGAAAUUGAACAAACGCUCAGCGGACAUUUGUCACAUGAAAGUCGCUUGCACAUGACAUUUGAUAACACGUUUGACUUGUUUAACCGUGAUCAGAACAAGACAUGGAUGUUCGAAUCGUAUGAUAUCGUAUUUACUGCGAACAAAAUGCAAGGCUGCGACCACCGUGCAUCGCUCGCUAAUGUUCGUACUUUACUCGUUCCCAACGGUCUUCUUCUUUUGCUCGAACUUACACACGCUCCAUGUUAUUUCGACCUCAUCUUUGGUCUGUUCGAACAGUGGUGGUCACCAGCAGACAAUCAACGUGCUCUGCUCGACACUCAACAAUGGACAAAAGCGAUACAACAGAUAGGCGGAUUCGAAACAGUACAAGUCGUUCCGACUACAUUUGGUAAUUCUUUUAUCGUAGCGCAGAAAUCGCUCUGCCUCAAGAUUUUGCAGACACUCGAAGAGCGCCAGCGUCAAGCAUGGAUCUUGUUUGUUGCCGAGAGCAAUUGUAACAUCAGCGAUACUCUUUCGUCUCUUCUGCCAUCUUCCAAUGUCACAUUGAUUCAUCCGUACGACUCGGAUGAAGAGCAGAUUCGUUCGAAAAUCGAACAAGUGAUGCUAUUAUACGAACAAGUUCAUAUCGUCUUCGCAUGGCCGCUCGACCAGAUCUCGGUCAUUGAGAACAGCGAAAGAGCAUUUGCGCAACAAGAGAUUCGUCUGUGUGGUACACUUGUUCGUGUUCUUCAAACAAUACAAACGAUGCAGCCUCGUUCGUUUCCAUUUGUGUUUGUUUUGACGCGAAAUGCUCAGCCUGGUGCUGGUGACGGAUUGAAUCCGAUCGGAGCAGCCCUUAUUGGCCUUGUACGCAGUCUCACAAGUGAAUAUGAGCGACAUCGACUGAAACUCAUCGAUUUACAGUCGCCAUUGCGGCCAGCAGAACUACCGCCAGCUCUCCUGCGUGCCCUUGCUGAACAUCUCAUCAUGUCUCUAAGUGCAGAUCAUCUCGACGAGAUCAUUCUUCGACAGGACGAACAUGCCGGUGAUGUUAAACAAAUCGAAUGGCACUAUGAGAUGUUGCAAGAACAGCAAUACGCCAGCAACGAGUUAAAACCAGAACAAAUAUCAAUAGUUCCCCACCGAGAUGCUGAUCAACAACGAUUUCGUCUUCAAAUCGCUUCGUCCCGUUCUCUCGAACACCUCAUGUGGAUUCGUGAGAAAAGCACGGGCGAACUUCUCACCGACGAACUCGAAGUUCGUGUUCACUGUGUUGGUAUCGAUUUUCGUGAUGUUCUCAAGGUGCGCGGUCUCUAUCCACAUGUGCGUCCAUUUAGCCAAUCCGAUAAAGAGAGACUAUUGUUUGAUCGAGACACGGAAGGUGGUUUUGAUUUUGUUGGCACUGUUAUUCGUUCCGGUUCAAGUGGAAAAUUCGAAGCCGGUGAUCGUGUGCUGGGCGUGUCAUCACGUGGCGUGCUCCGUUCACAUGUGAUCGUCGACAAUCAUGAAGUUGUACGCAUUCCAGAAGAAUGCAAUUAUUUGACUGAUGAACAACUGGCAGCGAUGCCGUAUGCUUCUCUCAUGGCCCUGUACUCGCUAAAGCAUCGCAUUAAUCUACAGUGUGAUCAAACUGUUCUUAUACAUGCUGCAACAGGCGCUGCUGGUCAAUUCUGCAUUCAGUACUGUCGUGCGAUCGGUGCUCGUGUCCUGGUCACGGAUGACAGUGACGAGAAGUGUCGCUUUCUCCGUGAAUGCUGUGAUAUCGAACAUGUGUUCAAUAGUGAGGACUUUUCCUUUGUAAAUGGCAUACGCAGUCUACUACCGGACGGGGUCGAUGUCAUCAUCAAUUCAUUAUCGGGCUCUCUUCUGCAAGCGUCGAUCAAAUUAUUAUCGUUUCAAGGUCACUUUGUUCAGUGGGGCAAGAAAGAUGUUUUCGACAAAAGCCAUGUGUCCAUGUUUGAUCUGCGCAACGACUGCACUUUUCAUCUCAUCGACAUAAAUACACUUUUUGUCCAUCGGCCGAACGAAUUCCACACGCUGAUCAACGAAGUCAUGGAACUGAUCAGGAGAGGUGAUUUCAAGCCGAUCGAGCCAACAACUAUCUAUGAGGCAUCACAAGUGAUCGAAGCAUUUGGACAAUUUAAUAACGGCGAGGUCAUUGGCAAGUGUGUGCUUCGUCUAGUGAACUCUCGGAAACUGUUGAUUUUAAACGAUCAACAAACUGGAAUGCCGAAUGAAGUAGGUGGUGACAGUCGCAUGUUUCCAUUAGACAUAUGUGAGCGAAGCACGAUUCUCAUUUCGGGAGGUUUUGGUGGUCUUGGCCUCACAAUGUCUCGCUGGAUGAUAGAAGAACAUGGUGUCAAACGGUUGGUUCUCAUGAGUCGGCGAACCAUGGGUCAACUUGACCAAGUAGACAAUCCAGAAUAUGAAGAGUGGCAACGAUUGCAACGGAUGGUCCACAAGCAUGGCGCUCAUGUCGAGGUAGUACAAGCAGAUGUUACCAAGUUCGAAGAUGUGCAUGGUCUGAUCGAACGCCUUAACAAGACGCCUUAUCCAGUGCGAGGCAUUAUCCACAGCGCCGUCGUGCAAGAAGAUCGUAGUUUGGCGAAAAUAACUCAAGCGAAUUUCACACGCGUGUUCGGCCCGAAGAUUCGCGGUGCUUGGAACCUUCAUCGAGCGUCACAAUUGGCCAGUGUUCCACUUCAUUUCUUUCUACUCUUCUCAUCGAUCCGCAACCACUUGAUCGAUUUGGCAACGAGUGGCUACAAUGCUGGCAAUCAAUUCCUCGACAUUCUCGCUCACUAUCGCGUUGAACAACUCAAUUUACCCGCUCUGUCAAUCAGUUUGCCAGGAGUUAGUGGUGCUGGUAUGUUUCAUCGACAUCGUCAUAUGUUGACACACCUACAGCAUGCGACAGGCUUCGACUUGGUACCGACAACAGCUGUCUUCGAACUCAUUGAGCGAUUUCAUGCGAACCAAAAGACAUGUCCGUGUCCUAUUGUCUUCGCGGUCAAUUGGCAAAAGUUGUAUGAAAACCGACAUGGAAUAGGUAUUCAUCAAGUGCGUCGACUUGUCGCACAACGGCAUGCAUCCACGAGUGGCUCUUCGGCUACAUUGGCAAUCUCAUCGGACAGUACUGUCGCAAGCGAGUCGAUCUACGAUCGUCUGGAAAGCAUUGUAGAACGGACACGCACGAUAGUAGCAUCGCUGCUCGGUACAACCAAUGUCGAGCAGAUCGAUGUGAACCGUUCUCUCGUCAGUCAAGGGAUGGACUCAUUAGCUGCAGCAUCACUAUACAACUGGUUAGGACAGGAGACAGGCAUUUUCAUCUCAUUGGCCGAGAUUCUCAAAGGAAUUUCAAUACAAUCCAUCGCAGAACAUGUACACCGAAAGCGUCAAGCAGGCAAGCAAGCGAAUGCAGUAUCCACUGAUAGCGAGUCGAAGUUGCACGCUGAUCUAGCCGAACAAGAUGAGAUCGAGAGAUACGGCUGGGUGCCCUACACAGGUACGGAAAAUGUCCUAUGCAUCCGACGUCCGUUCUGUUCCGACGAUCCUGUUCUCUUCUGCAUUUCAACCGAUUGUACUGAGCAUAGCCACAUAUCGUCACACAUACUUGUCAAAAAGACGUUGGAACAAUUUGGUCAUAUGUCAGCUGCUGCCUUCUACAUUCUUCAAAUAGCAUCAAUGGUGGACAUUGGAGCAAGUUCUCGUGACAUAAUCUCUCAGAUACGUCGUGUUCAACCGCGAGGGCCCUAUACAUUGGUGGCCACGCAUGCCGAUCAUGGCGAGAUCGUUGCUGAUGCGUUGCUUAAACAACUGCAGAACUAUUCAAGCACGUCUAUCAUUCAACUGCUUCUUCUAAAGUAA